AAGAAAAACAAGAAACAUGUCCUCCCAACCCGUUCAAACUCGAUUACUCUUAUUUGGAUACCCUGCCACUUGAAGAAUCGGUCCUCUUGACAGGCGCACUAUUGAACUUUUUGCAGAAUAUCUGGAUCCAAGCAGACCCAAACAAAGAUUUUGUGGAUGCAGUUUAUGAAGAUAUCAAGGCAUUGCAAACGCGUCAUCUCACUGCCAUGUACGAACACACGGCGAGAAACAUCAUCAGCUUGGAACAAAAUUAAAUAAAAGCACAUGCCUAAAGUGUGUAACCAUCUACACAAAACCUUUCAUUUUCAAAUUGUUUGCACACACAGAGAAAGAGAGUGUGUGUUUCUCUUUUCCUAUCAAGCCUAUCAAGAAGCAAGUUAUAUAUAUACAUGAAUCGCCAACACCACCUUGAAAAAGAACAGCAAGACGAGAACAAUGACGAACAAGUUGAUCCACCCCCCUUACCCAUCCAAUUCCAACUGUUAUAUAAUUGGGAAGCCAGUGCCGAACAUGACGCGCUACUGAAAAACAAGAUCCGCAUGUUUCCUACCUUUAAAUGCGACUGGCAUGGCACAAGCGUGUAUCGCAUCAUGGAUCACGAUCUAGGCCACCAUUGCAUCUCUGCGGUGGAUUUCUUGCUACCGCAUUUCCCAUUCUGUGAUGUGUGGGUGUCUGUGGAAAAGGCACGGCACAUGGUGUCGAUCUUGGGCGUCGAGGCCGAGUUGCAAAACCUGUUGACGCAUCAAUUGGACGAGGCCUUUUCGACGGAUAAUUUGGCACGCAACGAGUUGGUUCACAAUUGGAAAAUCGAGUCGAUUCCCAACGUUGUUUAUUCGACGCGUGCCUUGCUGGAGACGCCGGUGUUGGAUGAUGUGUCGAUCUUGGUGGGAUCGCGCAAGAUACGGACACAGAUUUCAAGAAUUCGACAGCCCGGCAUGGUGUGUAAGGAUCGGUUGGAGAAUGGAUUGGUGCGUUGGGCUGUGUAUGCCUAUGAAGCGUUUCAUCAUCAGCAGCAGCAACAACAAGAGCAAGAAGGAGAAGGUUUUUAUAAUGAUGAUAGCGUACAGACGGAUAAGUACGGGAAAUCGGUGGCCAAUGCAAUGUGGGACGUCAUGCAAGGACUGUUGUACGAUUUACAAACAUUGGCACUGGGUGGCAGUGGUUCUAAUAAUAAUGAUAAUAAUAAUAAUGCAACUACGGCUCGGGUAUUAUCGGACAACAUGGUCGUCGGGAACAUGCCGCUCAAGCGUGAAUACUUGGCACAAGGCGCAUCGUUACAGAACGUGUACUUGGCAAGCAUGGUUGAAAAGAUACAUCAUGAAACCCAAGCACUCGGAUUAUUAUCGGCGUCCUUGAUCCAUCACACUCAAAGAAGAAGAAACAAGCAUGAUCAUCAUCGAGCAUCGUCCAUGACCCUAGCUAAUAAUAACAGCAAUAACAGCACGAGCGAUUAUCAUACUUCAAUCCCAGCAGCAGCAGCUCCGACAGCGACAACGACAACGACAACGGGUGGUGGGACAACCGGUGUAAGCGUCGAUCCACACAUGAUGUUGCACGACCGAAUGGAUUCAUUAGAACAGGAAAUCUAUCGCAUGAAACGCAAGUACAAGCGACGAACAGACGACAUGCAAUCCGAGUUCCAGGAGUUGCAGCAACAAAUCCUGGCGCUGGAAGCUUGGAAGAUUCGCAGUGAACGGGCACGAAGGAGCGAGCGGAUAUGGAUCCUGAUGAUAUCAUUGUCUCUGUUUGUCGGCUUUUGGACAAUUCGAGCAGUAACAGCAGCAGCAGCAGCAGCAGUCUAGUGCUAUUACGCUCGUCCCGUUCGUCCCAUUUCCCAUUUCAUUAGUGCUUGUGUAACACUAGGAUCGUCGUCUUUUAGCGUUGUGUUUAUAAUACCAUUCCCUCCCCCCUUACUGUACAU